AUGUUCAGUUCGACGCAGAUACUGCCUCUCGAGGCUCCUCCCGUCGACGGGAAUCUCGGCCCACUUCCUCCGUCGCAACUAACGGAUCAGGAAGUCGAAGAGAGGGAGUUGCAAUCAGAGCAGAACAUCUCAAAUCGAGCUCCGGAAUCCGUAGCGACUCACACGAGGACUAUCGGAAUCAUUCACCCACCUCCAGAUAUCAGAACCAUCGUCGAGAAAACGGCUCAGUUUGUUUCCAAAAACGGCCUGGAGUUCGAGAAGAGGAUUAUGGCUAGCAAUGCCAACAAUGCUAAGUUCAACUUCUUGACCAGCUCAGAUCCUUACCACGCCUUUUACCAGCACAAGCUCACCGAAUACCGCGCGCAGAAUCAAGAUGGAGCCAUGGCUACUGAUUCAGAUGGUACAGAUCUUCAGCUUGAUGCUAAUGCUGCUGCUGAUGAGGGUGAAGCAGGUGAGGCACAACCCGACCUUCAGGCUCAAUUUAGGGUUCCUCCUAAGACUCUAGUAGCUCCGGAGCCUGAGAAGUAUACAGUUAGACUUCCUGAAGGGAUCACGAGCGAGGAGCUUGAUAUUAUCAGGCUCACUGCGCAGUUUGUGGCGCGGAAUGGGAAAUCUUUCUUGAAUGGUUUGCAGAGUAGAGAGAAUAACAAUCCUCAGUUUCACUUUAUGAAGCCGACUCAUAGCAUGUUCCCGUUUUUCACUGCUCUGGUUGAUGUAUAUUUUGAGGUAUUAAAGCCUCCCGAAGAUUUGAAAGACAAGCUGAGAAAGAGCGCUGCUGAUUUUACGACCGUUCUGGAGCGCUGUUUGCACCGUCUUGAGUGGGAUCGUUCUCAGGAGCAGCAGAGGAAGAAGGAAGAGGACGAGAAAGAGCAGGAGAGAGUGCAGAUGGCUAUGAUUGACUGGCAUGAUUUUGUGGUUGUUGAAUCCAUAGAUUUUGCUGAUGAUGAGGAUGAAGAGUUGCCACCGCCGAUGACACAGGAAGAAGUUAAAAGGAGGAGCAAAGUAUCAGCGAUGGAAGAAGAUGAAAUUGUUGAGCCUGGGAAGGAAGUCGAAAUGGAAAUGGAUGAAGAAGAAGUUAAGCUUGUUGCAGAAGGAAUGAGAGCAGCGAACUUGGAAGAGAAUGGUGGCUCUGUAAAGAUUGAAAAUGUCCACGACGAAGAAGCACCUAUGAGAAUCGUUAAGAACUGGAAGAGGCCGGAAGAUAGGAUCCCUACAGAGAGAGAUCCUACGAAAGUUGUUAUAUCUCCAAUUACCGGCGAGCUGAUUCCCAUUAACGAGAUGUCCGAGCAUAUGCGGAUUUCGCUUAUCGACCCUAAGUUCAAGGAGCAGAAGGAUCGGAUGUUUGCUAAGAUUCGUGAGACCACUCUUGCACAAGAUGACGAGAUUGCUAAAAACAUAGUCGGACUUGCUCGUCUGCGUCCUGAUAUCUUUGGAACAACUGAAGAAGAAGUCUCAAAUGCUGUUAAAGCAGAGAUUGAGAAGAAGAAAGAUGAGCAGCCUAAGCAAGUUAUAUGGGAUGGUCACACAGGAAGUAUCGGUCGCACAGCUAAUCAAGCCUUGACUCAGAACGCUAACGGAGAGGAGCAAGGUGAUGGCGUUUAUGGAGAUCCCAAUAGCUUCCCUGGCCCAGCAGCUCUUCCUCCUCCUCGACCAGGUGUCCCGAUAGUCCGGCCAUUGCCACCACCUCCUAAUCUCGCGCUGAACAUCCCUCGCCCUCCUCCUUCUGUUCAGUACCCUGGUGCACCGAGGCCAUUAGGUGUUCCAAUGAUGCAACAAAUGCACCCGCAACACCAGCUCUCGAUGCCAGGGCCACCGGGACACCCGUCGAUGAUGAUGAACCGACCACCACAGAUGCAGCCUGGUAUGCCUAUGCCGCCUCCACCAGGAUCACAGUUUGCUCAUCUUCAAGGUUCUGCUACAAUCAGGGUCUCUGUUCCAAACGCGGAUGACGGGCAAGUCAUUGAGAUCACAGUGCAGUCGUUAUCAGAAAACGUGGGAAGUUUGAAGGAGAAAAUAGCUGGGGAGAUACAGAUUCCAGCAAACAAACAGAAGUUAAGUGGAAAAGCCGGGUUCUUGAAGGACAACAUGUCACUUGCACAUUACAAUGUUGGAGCAGGAGAAGUCUUAACACUGUCUUUGAGAGAGCGUGGUGGGAGAAAGAGAUGA